AUGGACGCAUUUCUUUCCCAACCAACAUCACAUUCUCAUGCUACACAACCUGAUCGUAUUCCGGCUAUUCAAUUAAAGAACGAAAUUAAAGCUCGUGCUGCGACGACAGAUGAAUAUUCCAGCUCAAUUCUUCAUUCGGUCUUACGAACACAUCCUCUAAGUGCUGCUGGUGGACUUCCAAAAAAUGACACACUUAUGCUCACAAUCCGACGACAACGAACUGUUGAAACAGUCGAUGCUGAUGGUCGUUUACCAGCAAAUUUAAGAAAGACAUAUCGCGGUGAAGAUUUCAUCUGA